AUGAGUAAAAAUCCAUGUUUAUCAAAUCAAAAUGUAACAAUCUAUACUGAUUUAUUACAUGAUAUUGAAAUCUAUGGUUAUCGUUAUAUUAUUUUAACUAUAUGUAUAUUUGGUACUGUAUGUAAUAUAUUAAAUUUAUGUGUUCUACUUCAACGUCGUUUAAAAGAAUCACCAUAUACUUAUUUAACUGGUUUGGCUAUAGCUGAUAUGCUUACUCUAAUAUCAAUAUCACCAUUUUCAAUUGUACGUGGUGACUAUAUUCGCAAUGAGAAAAUUUUAGAUAUUUUAACACGUUUUGAAUCGGCAUAUUAUAUGCCAUUAGCAAAUUAUUUUGGUCAAGUAAGUAUAAUGAUAACAUUAGCAUUAACAAUCGAACGUUAUUUAUUUACAACUUAUCCAUUACAUACACGAAGUUUUUGUAAACCACGUUAUGCCCGUAUCACAAUAAUAAUUAUAUUAUUUAUUUGUGCAUUACUUAGUUUUCCUCGAUUUUUAUUUGAAACUACAAGAAAUAUUAUUGGUCCAAUAGGUUCAUUAAAUACAACAAUAUGUUCAACUUAUCCAUUUAUUAUAAAAUAUUCUUCAAUCAAUUUAACUCAUAUUGGUCAAUGUUUUUGUAUUGUUUCAUAUCCACGACAAAAAUUUUUACCAUAUAGAAAUAUUUAUUAUAUAACCAUGUUUAUUUUAAAUCAAAUAUUUCCUGCAUUAAUAUUACUUUUUUUAAAUUUAAAAUUAAUUCAACGUGUACAACAAUCAAAUCGUUAUACAUUAAAUGAACUUGUUGCUCGACAACAUAAUCCAAUAAUAUCAACAACACCAACAAUACAUCCAAUAAAACAACGACGUUUACGUGAUGAACAUCGUUUAACAAAAACACUUGUAGCGGUUGUGGUUGUAUUUCUUAUAUGUAAUACAUUUACAAUUGUAUCUUAUCCAAAUUUUGUACGAACAAUAACGGAAAAAACUUAUCCAAAUUAUAUUUUUGUUGGUUUUCGUAUACAAAAAUUAAUUACAAAUAUUAUGUUAUUAUUAAAUUAUUCAAUAAAUUUCUUUUUUUAUUGUGCAUUUAAUCAAAAAUUUUUAGAUACACUUAAAUUAACAUUUCGUCAUCGAUUAUGUUUAUAUUUUCAUGAACAAAAUGAAAGUAUGAUGGCACGACGUACAUUAUUUAAUAGUACAACAUCAUCGGCAACAUCAUCCUAUCAUGUACAAUCAAAAAUUCAUCAUUCAAGUAAACAUUUAUCGAAUUAUGAAGAUGAAUUACCACGUUCAAAACAACAACGAUUAUAA